GUCUCGCCAUCCUCUUUCCUCUCCGAUCCUCGCUCGCAUAGUCUCAUGUAGCCACCCUUCUCCCCCAAAUCCAACCCAACCCAAUCCCGGACGAUACCCUAGAAGAAAUCUUCCGCCAUGCAACCCGCCGCCAAGCCCAAGCCCAGACCUCCGUCGACGGCGGCGUCCGCGCAGCCGUCUGCCAAGCCGGCGUCCUCCUCCUCCUCCUCCGCCGCCGAUCCGAACCCCAAGCGCACCCGCCCCGCCGCCACCCCCGUCACGGAUGCCGCGCCCUCCAGCCCCCCGCACUCCAACCCUAACCCCAACGGCGCGCCCAACCCCUCCCCGCUCCUCCCGUCCCCGCACCUCCAACCGCCGCCGCAGCCCCUGCCGCCGUCGCGCCCGCUUCUCACGGUCGCGGCGGUGGAGGCCGCCAUGUUAGCUAUCCCGCCCCCGCCGCAGUACGGCCUCGAGUGCCUCGAUCGGCGCACCGUUGCGCUCUCCGAUGGCACCAUCCGCACCUACUUCGCGCUGCCACUCGAGCCCCCGCCGCAACUCCGCCUGCAGCCGCUCCCGAUGCCGCCUCCGCCGAUCUUGCCGCCACUGCCGCCGCCCCACUUCGGCCCGCCUGGGCCUGGCCAGGGACUUAGCAGGUGGAUUCCGCCACUGAUGCACGCGCCAGCUCCGCCGGGGCCGGCCCCGAAGCGGAAGUGGGAGGGUCAGGCCAAUGGUGCCGGCCCCGGUGAAUCCUCGGGCCGGCAGCAACAGCAUCAGCAGCAGAAACCAGAGGAGAAGCGUGUUGCAAAGCAGGUGAAGGUUGAGAGUACAGAGCUGGACGCCAAAACGCUGAAGAACUCAUUUCUUAAGAUGGUGAAGAUGAUAAACGAGAACACGGAGGUGAAGAAGAAUUACCGGGCCAACGGAAAGAUUUCCCAGCUCAAGUGCGCCGUCUGUAAAAGGGAUUCUAUAGAUUUGCAUGCACUUAUCAAUCAUUCAUACAAUACGAAGAAUGCUGAGCUUCGUGCUGAUCAUCUUGGGUUGCACAAAGCUAUAUGUGUUCUUAUGGGCUGGAACUACUCCGUAGAUCCUGUACACAAAAAGGCUUACCAAACAUUAUCAACUGCUGAUGCUGAAGCCAACCAAGGAGAUCUUAUUUUAUGGCCACCAACAAUCAUAGUUGAGAACACAUACAAGUCAAAGAACGACGGGCAAAAGGAUGGCAUGAGUAACAAAGAGAUGGAGGGCAAGCUCAGAGAAAUGGGGUUUGCCGGUUUCAGUGUGAAGCCACUUGUUGGCAAGGAUGGACAAAGAGCCAUGCUAGUGAAAUUCGCAAGCAGCUUGGCUGGUCUCAACGAAGCUGUGCGGCUUGCUGAGCUCUUUGAUGCCGAAGGCCAUGGGCGUGCCCAGUGGGUCCAAGCUCGGGGCAACCCCUCUUUUGUUGGGGGCAGCAACCCCAUGUUUGUGAAGGUGGAUGAGAAGGGGCAACGGACAUGGAUCCUCUAUGGUUAUCUGGCCACAGCGUGGGACCUGGACGCCCUUGACGCAGAGUCGAAGCAAAAUGUUGUUAUAAAGAGCAGAAAAGAGCUCGAUUUAUCUGACUAGGACCAACCCUGUUAGAGAUGUGCAUGUUUCGGUUAAGUUAUAUAAAAAUCUGAGUAUAUGUGGACAGCCACAUCCAAAUUUCUGGAAGUUUAUCUGACUAGGACGUAGGCUGAACUUUCUGAAUUCUUUCUUUGAGUCAUGGGUUUCAAUGUGAAAUUCCAAGAUUGGGUUUAGUUAAUAUGUGUUGGACUGUUCGGUCCACCACAUGCAGAUUGCAUCAGCUGCUCACCCAGAGGGUAAGACUAGGCUGAUUCUGGGCAGGGCAUGGCUACGGAAGGAGUGACGUAUUAAUUAUUUUCUGAUUUCUCUUCGCAAAAAAUAAAUUAUUUUUUGAUUU